AUGCCCGAAGAAGAGCGCAUGGUCUCCCACGGCCGCGGCGGCCAGGGAAACAUCGGCCACGAUGACACGGAAUAUGUUGACGGCGAGAUCGUCCGUGAAGGUGCCUACGGCGACCAGGGCGAUGGCGCUUACUCGGCCGGUCGCGGCGGAGCCGGUAACAUCGGUUCUCCUCACGUCUACCCUACCGCCAAGGCACCCGGCGAUGUAGAGAUGAUUCCCGAGCUGGCAGUGCGCAACUCGACUGAUGAGGCUUUCCACGUCGGACGUGGUGGACAGGGUAAUGUCCAACUAGACGAGGAACACCUCAAGGAGAAGGAGAAGGCGGAGAAGGCGGAGAAGGCGAAGAAGGCGAAGGGGGAGCCGCUUGGAUUGGCUGAUAAGUUGAAGCACAAGCUGCUUGGACGCAAGUAA